CCCUUUAAUUCUCAUCACGACCUAUUUGUGAAAUAAGAUAAGUUGGAAAGGCUUGCUUCUUGGAUCUUUCUUCCCACUUGUUUGUAUUGCUAAAAUUGACUAUAGAAAUUAUGUUGCAUGACAAAUUCGAUCGUCUUCGAUUACAUUAUGAAAUUCUUUCAACUUAUAGUAAUUAGUUAUCCAAGUUUAUUUGGCAGAGAAUUUUAGAAUUUUUAACAGAUAUGAACAUGUUAACAGGCUGGUUAUGGUGCAUUUUUGGCUACGACAAUAAACAUGCCUCAGCAAACUAAGGCCUUGAUGCAAGUAUACGGUGGAUUCGCAACGAGGAAACUAUUACAAGAACAUGAUACAGAAAAUGUAUAUGGCCAAUGGUUGGGAUGGAUGAUGGCUGCCAUCUACACGGGUGGUCGCCUACCUCAGAUAUGGCUGAAUAUCAAAAGAGGCUCAGUCGAGGGCUUGAAUCCUCUGAUGUUUAUCUUUGCAUUGCUAGCCAAUGCCACUUAUGUGGCCAGCAUUCUUGUAAGAUCAACUGCUUGGAGUAAAAUCAAAGCCAAUAUGCCUUGGUUGCUGGAUGCUGCUGGCUGCGUCGUGCUAGACUUAUUCGUAUCCUUUUUAUCUUCUACUCAUUUUCUAUCAAAAUGUGCUUAAAAUUAAGCUCAACUAUUUAGAUUAAAAUGGUCCAUUUUGGCCCUAUUAUAUUCAUGCAAUGCUAAAAUCAAUCCGACAAGAAU